AUGGGAAAAACUUCUAAAGACAAACGAGAUAUUUACUAUAGGUUAGCCAAAGAGGAAGGUUGGAGAGCACGAAGUGCGUUUAAAUUACUGCAAAUAAAUGAAGAAUAUAAAAUUUUUGAUGGUGUACUUCGUGCGGUUGAUUUGUGUGCAGCGCCUGGUAGCUGGAGUCAAGUUCUAAGUAAACAUUUAAGGAAGAAUACAGAAAAUCCAGAUGAUGUAAAGAUUGUAGCUGUUGAUUUGCAAGCUAUGGCAGCACUUCCUGGAGUUAAACAAAUCCAAGGUGACAUUACUAAGGUAUCUACAGCAAAUGAAAUCAUUCAAGAGUUUCAAGGACAAAAAGCAGAUUUAGUUGUAUGUGAUGGUGCCCCUGAUGUGACUGGAUUACAUGAUAUAGAUGAAUAUGUACAGUCACAACUUUUACUAGCUGCUCUCAAUAUAACAACACAUGUGCUGAAAACUGGUGGAAUUUUUGUAGCAAAAAUAUUUAGAGGAAAAGAUGUUACACUGUUAUAUUCCCAAUUAAAACAAUUCUUUGAGUUAGUCACUGUAACAAAGCCCCGGAGUUCAAGAAAUUCAAGCAUUGAAGCCUUUGUUGUUUGUCAAAAUUAUAACCCACCACCUGGUUAUGAACCUACAAUGGUUAACCCUUUAUUAGAUCAUAAAUAUUGUGAUUUUAAUCAAUUCACAGGCAUUAACAGAUUUAUAGUUCCUUUUAACUCCUGUGGGGACAUAAAUGCUUAUGAUUCUGACACAUCAUACCCUCUCAAUCUAGAUGGACAAAACACCUAUGAGUAUAGAGAGCCAGUGCAAAGCCCUAUAAAUCCACCUUAUAAAGAUAUAUUAGAAAAAACUAAAAAAUUAUAG